AUGGACUCUCCUUUGGGUGGUAUAAAAGUUAUUGAGUUGGCCGGUUUGGCACCUGCCCCUUUCGCUGGAAUGAUACUGGCCGACUGGGGUGCAAAUGUAGUUCGUGUCGACAGAGCUCCUUUAACUGGCAGCCGGGACUUGCUCGCUCGUGGCAAACGCUCCAUGGCACUAGACCUAAAGUCUCCCAAAGCAAUUGCUGCUGUUCGUCGCAUGGUGAAAACCGCCGACGUAUUCAUCGAACCAUUCAGACCAGGUGUCGCUGAAAAACUAGGAUUGGGCCCCGAUGUCCUCCUCAAAGACAACCCACGUCUCAUCUAUGCCCGUAUGACUGGAUUCGGUCAAACUGGCGCUUAUAAAAACAUGGCUGGUCACGAUAUCAACUAUAUUGCAGUAUCAGGUGCUUUGGCUGCUAUUGGACGUAAAGGUGACAACCCAAUGUUCCCAUUGAACAUCUUGGGAGACUUUGCUGGUGGAGGAAUGUUGUGUGCUAUGGGUAUCUUGUUGUCGUUGCUCGAACGAAGCAAGUCUGGAAAGGGUCAGGUUGUUGAUGCUGCCAUGGUUGAUGGUGCUGCAUACCUCGCCUCAGCAUACUUCAAGACAAAGAAUGCUGGUGGAUGGCCAAACCCUCGUGGUGAAAACAUGUUGGACUCUGGUGCUCCAUUCUAUGAUGUCUACAAGACAAAGGACGGCAAAUUCAUGUCUGUAGGUGCCAUUGAACCCCAAUUCUUUGCCCUCCUCUUAAAAGGCCUCGAACUCGACCCCACAUGGUCUGCCCGUCAAAUGGACCAAAAAGAGUGGCCCGAACUCAAGCUCUUGAUUGCAUCUCGCUUCAUUGCCAAAAACCGAUCCGAAUGGGAAAAGAUCUUUGACUUGACCGAUGCUUGUGUCGCCCCCGUCUUGGAAGCUGAAGAAGUCAACGGCCACAUCCACAACAAUCCCCGAAAGACCUUCAUCCCUGAUAUGGGCCCUGGUAAAGGAUUUGAGGUACCACCAGUACCACGAUUGAGUCGUACGCCAGGUGUAGUUAAAUCGCCAAACCCUAUUAUGGGUGCUAAUACGAAGGACGUGUUGAAGGAGUACGGCUUUAGUGAUGCUGAGGUUGCGGAUUUGAUUAGCUCAAAGGUUGCGGUUGCUAAACUUUAA